UAAACAACAGGAUUUUACAUGACAAACAGAGCAGAAGUUUGCAGUGUGAGAAGUUGAGUUACUAUAAAUGUAUUUAAUAAUCAUAAUGAAACAUGUGUAUAGAUCCGAGUAUCAUAUGUUCCACAUUUUACUUGAAUAAUGCUUGUAAAAACGUGCUUUAUUAAAGAUAUUUCUUUGCCAAAUGCCUUUGCCUUUGUAUUUGUACAGUUUAGGUGUUGGUGAUAAUAUGGACAUAAUAAAGGGCUGUUUGGGUGAUAUUUCCCAAGCUGGAAGUCGAUCUGAGAAGGAGAUGGUCAAUUCUCGGUCUCUGGAGCUCAUCAGCUCUGACGUCAUCGAAAAAAGGCACCCCAGUUUGAAAAACAACCUGUCUUGCCUUCAGUCAGUGUGUUGUUGUGAUUGAAAUCUUCAGGAUGAAGAGAGUUCUCAGGAGAACAUUGGCUGUCUAGAGGAGAAACUGCCCUUUGAUCAAGGUGUGACAAAUAGCUGUAUCAAUGUGAAUGUUCCAGUCGCUGUAUCUGAGGAUUAUAUGGACAUCACUAAAGGCAGUCUGGAAGAGAUUUCUCGACCGGCCUCCAGUGAACGCUGUCUGUCUGGGAGUCAAGGGUCUCUCCGUCCCGGAUCCCUGGAGGUGCUCAGUCCUGAUCUCUCUGAUAAUAACAAGAUUGAAGGCCACACACAUGAGAGAAUUGAUUGUCCAGCAGAAAACAGUUCUGAUCAAGAAGAUUCUGAUGAGGAGAAUGAAGAUCCAGAGUUGAGAAAAGCCAUGAAGAUAAUGAAGAAACUGGACCGGAUUCUGGCUCUCAAGGUGUCAGCGGAGAGAGAGGUGAAACGGAAAGGCAGAGAACUUCAUCAGAGACUCUGGCAGGAGCUUCAGGAUGUGAGCCUUACAAACACCCCAGAGAGCAGAGAAGAGGAGGACAAUACCAGACGCUUUCUGGCACUGACACCCAACAAUUUUCAGGAUUGCGGUGAAGUGGAUUUUGUACCCGUGUUUGGGACUGAACUUCUAGAUCUGAACUAUGAUUUGAACCCGAGACAUCAGAGCGAAGAACACACACAUGUUGAGUCCGCGGGUUGUUCUGAAGUGGGUCAGCAGGUGAUGGAAGAUCAGCCGUCAGAUCGCAGACAGCGAGGAGCUGCACACAGCAAGUGCAGACAAGACUUUGUCAAGAAAAAUAUUGAGCUCGCAGGUGCCGCAGGAAACUCUGUACUGCUCACACAACAAGAGAGAGAGAGAAUCGAGGAACUACUCAAAGAUCUAGAGGAGGGACAGAAUGAUGCACCUGAGGUUGUGUCAUCUGUGUGUUUGGUGUCUCUAUCAGCUGAUGAAGGUUUCAGUCCAGAAUCUUCUGAACUCAACAGUCUCCUCCAUAUUGACUCCAAACUGCAGCUGCUACUUCCUGUGGAGGACUUCCUGUCUGUGCGGAGCCCCUGUCCAGACAUCAGCCCGUCUCAGGUGAGACCGCAGAGUUUAAAUGAGAGUUUGGCCGAGAAAACAGGAGACAGAGUCCUGUGGGAUGUGAGAGAGAGACGAGACCAGGAGAGACGAAUGCGAGAAAUCCAGCAGCAGCUGCAAGAGCUGGACGAGACUCAAAGGAGCGCUUCGGUUUGUUUGUCUGAUGAUCAGUUGAGAAAUCUGCUGUUGGAAUGUGAGCAUGAAAUCAUAAGAUCUUCAUCAGAAACUUCAUUGAGGAUGAACUCUGCUCUGGACGCUCACAGUGUCUCUCUGCUGGUCAGUUCUCCUCGUCUGUCCAGCUCAGAUCUGUCAGAACUUCUGCAGGAUGCUCGCGGGACUCCAACAACAUGAACAAAGUGAGGAAAACACUCCAUCACACGGAACAAUAAUACAAGGACAUGCAAAAUGAAUAUGAAUAUUCUUCUGUUUUAUAUUUUGCAGUAGUGCAUAGUCUCAGCCUGCAUUCUUUAAAGUUGCACAAUAAUAUCAGACGGUACUUGACAGUGUGUUUGUGAUUUUGGAUUGAUGUGUGAACCCAUAUCUGUAUCAGAAUCAGAUGUCUGAACACGACUCAAACUCACACAGUUCUGCUGAAAUACAACACAAGAGGAAAAAAUAAAAUGUUCCUUAAAAAAUGAAACCAACAUGUCUGUUCCUUUCAUGUCAUGAGUGUUUGAUUAACAAACCAAAAAGUCAUUAGAACAGGAGACAUCUUUUGAAAGAUUAGACGGUCUUCUUUCCAAUGCAUGUAGACAUUAUGACCAAAACUGAACAAGUGCUUUGAAAUUUACAGAUAAAUCAGAAGUGUUCUAGUUUGAUAAUUUAUAUAAAAAAAUUGCACUGCACAUAUUAUUUCAAUCAGUAAAAACAUCAAACUGAUAAAAUUGUGUCAUAUGUUGUUGGAAAGCUCUCAAAGAGUAGAAUAUAACCAGCCUAUUUGUUUUACUCACAGACAAAAAUAUAGCAAGUAAUAGCUAAGUAUAUAUCUUUGACAAUUAUGUUUGUGUUGGUCAUAUGCCGCGUUUUUGCUUAUAACUUCAAGAAAAAUAAACUGAAUAUAAAAUAUCACAUACCAUUAUUUAGAGGAGGUGAUUAUCUUUCAAACGAGUCCACACACAAGAUAAUCAGAUGUAUAGAUCAUUAGAUAAUCCACAUGAAGCACAAUGUUACAUAUGGCCACCAGGAGAUGGCGCCAAAUACAUGACACAGACUCAAUGAUGACUCAAAUGACACAGAAUGAAACUCAUUCUGUGAAAUCUCAUUACUAAAAUCAUGUGUGCAUGCUAUGCAAACCUUUAGUCAUUGUUGUGUUUGCAUGUGUAAUUAGUUCUUAUGUACAAGUAUUAUGUUUUAUUUGUUUGGAGAUGUUUUUGGACACUAUGAUAAAUUAUUUUUGUAAUGUUAUAACUUUUGAUUGCUUUGUCCUAUCAACACAAAUGUUUUCUCAGAUACAGUUGACAUGAUUGGAAACAAAACAAAAGCUUUUUCAAAAGUUUUUCAGAGUCGCCAUAUUUACACGCAGAGAUAUAUAAUGUCAAAUAAGACAAAUAAGAAAAAAAAGUUAAUUUUUGGCUAAUUUUUUUGUGUUUUUUCAGCAGUUUCUUUGUCUGAGAGUCUCAGAAUGUAUCAUAAUCUAUAUAUUUUUUACAAUUAUUCCAAACACUUGACCCUCCUUGUUUUUUUUUCCCUCUCCAGUAAUAAGUCUUUAAUUUUGGGUAUGCCACUGAAACAGGAAAUCUUUAUAAACACCUUCAGAGCUUAAAGGGUUAACUAUAACCUGAGAUAACCAGUCUUAUGUUAUUGCUGAACCAUAGAAAGGGACAUUAUAAAGAAUGGAUCCAUUUCUCCAACAGAUUCCGCAAUUCACCAUGAUGGCUGAAGCAAGAAUCACUGUUAUUAGUGCUCAUACAUGAGAAUUUGAACCCCAAACAAGCACCAGAAUAUGUUGCGGGUGUGCUCUUUUGAGCCACAAUUAAAAUGCAAGCAGGGCGUAUGAUUGUAAAUGUCCCUGUUGUGCAGCAGCACUGCGGUCAAUGUGAGAGAGAUGUUGAUAAAUGAGGUGUCGUGUUCAUAUGGACGUGUCACAGCAACUCCAACAUUCCCAACAUUCUUGACCUUGAAGGUGAGUCGAGUGUUUACUGACAAAAGAACCAAAGAUUUCAUUUAAAAGAACUUCAUUUAAGAUAAUAUAGAUUUUCCUAAAGCAAAUGUUGAUCAUAUCAGAUUUUAUUGUAUUAGUAAGUGAUUCAUUCAAAUAGUUGUGAGGACAAGGACAAAAACUUGUUAUUGAUAUUGAGUAGUUUUCUGAGUGGAUUUAUAUAGUCUAUACUCUUGAAAUUAAGUUUUCCGCUUCUCUAUUUCGACUGAACACACAGUGUACAAAAAGCAGUGUUGGGUAAGUUACUUAAAAAUAGUAAUCCACCUCAAAUACCUAAUUAUUUUUCUGAAAUUGUAUUCAGAUUACUUUACUAGUUACUUUAUUGAAAAAGUAAUCACAAUACUAAUUACUUUACUUUUAAGUUACUUUCUUAAACACUUUUCCGCUCAACAAAUUCAAAAUAAUGUCUAUCUUUCUUGUUCAUUGUUACACAAGUCAUACACUCAGCACCUCACAUUUCUAUUUCACAAUGACUCGUUACAGGGCCAUAAUUCAUGUAUUCGACAUAAAUAAUAUAUUAAAAAUAAACUUAAUCCUAUAAUGUACUUAAAAGUAAUUAAAUUAAUUGAAAGUCAGUAACUGUAAUCGAAUUACAAGAAUUUAAAAUGUAAUGUAUUACACUA